CAGCUGCGCGCGCGCAGAACGCCUGGCGGGCGCGCGGCAAAAACCAAAGCUCGGGCGGGGACUGAGUGAGCACACGAGCCGCGCCUGGGGCGCAGUCGACGCCGGCCCCUUUCGGGGGCGCUCUCUCUUGGCAGCCUCAGCCGAGACCACUUUUACGAGGCGCGAAGAACCCUUAGCCUGUGCCUGACUGCACCUCGGGGGUAGAGACUGGAGUCACGGCCCUCCGUGAGACGUCUGUGUUCAUUGAAUCUUGGCAUCGGAGAAGUGGAAGGAUUCCAGCGCCAGUAGCUUCCUGUACCUCCUCGGCGUUUCUGAACUUGAUUCCUUCGUUUGCACAUCCGCAGCUCUUUGUAGGUGAGGACCAAGUUCUUAUUAUUCUCCACUAUGUCUCCGGCACUUCGUUUCUGGGACAUAGUAGGCUAUCGUUUGGAAGCAAUGAGUUUAAAACCUUUCACCUACCCGUUUCCAGAGACGAGGUUUCUUCACGCAGGACCCAAUGUGUAUAAAUUCAAAAUUAGAUAUGGCAACAGCAUCAGAGGGGAAGAAAUAGAGAAUAAGGAAGUCAUCGUCCAGGAGCUGGAGUUGGUUGGUUUGUUUGUUUUCCAGGAUUCUAUUCGUGCAGUCUUGGGAAACUUGGACAAUCUGCAGCCAUUUGCUACAGAGCACUUCAUUGUAUUUCCCUAUAAAAGCAAAUGGGAGAGAGUGUCCCACCUGAAAUUCAAGCAUGGGGAAAUCGUCUUGGUCCCCUAUCCAUUUGUUUUCACUCUGUAUGUGGAGAUGAAAUGGUUUCAUGAAAACCUGUCACCUGGGGAGCCAAUAAAUGACAGUCCUCUUGGCUUGGUCCUAGCAGAGAGGAAAGCAGCAGGAGCCAUGACGAGGAAACGAAAACAAGUGGAAGUGCCCAGCUCCCCCAGCAGGCCAGCACUGGACAGGACCAAGAUGGGGAUUUCCAGCCAAGGCCCCAGCAAAAAGAAGCCCCUUAUGGAAACCAGGAGGAAUGGAGGAAGAAAAACCCAGCAGGAAUGGCAGGAGACCCCAACAUUUAACACCGCUGAUAUCCAGGAACAGGAUUCUAAGUGGGAGGACAGCCUCGCUGAGCAGAUCAUCCCCCCACUGAAGCAAAACAAUCCACCUCCACCUAAAGGACCCAAAGAGCUGGGAACCAGUGGAUUCUUUGGGUUUCUAAGCUCUCUCUUCCCCUUUCGCUAUUUCUUCAGAAGGAACAGCCAGUGAGCCUUCCAGACGCAGCAGGGGAAGAGUGUCCUCUCGCACUGACUUUUCACAUUCCGUCCUCUGUCAUGGGGAACACGGGCUCCAAACUCCCUGAGUCCCCUUGUGGGUUUGUCCUAUCCUUUGCCCCUUUACAAUGGAUUUUUUUUUUUUUUCAAUUUAAAACACUAAGAAAAGAACUUCCUAAAAUGUUCCAGUCCAAGAACUGUACUGCUCUAAGGGCCAGUUUAGGUCUUUCAUCUCCAGCACUUAAGAUCCUAAUGAAAAUAAAUUAUUUAUGAAGA